UAUUGGGCCACGGUGACAUGACGUAGAGGGAGGGGCAAAUUCCUGACUCUUGUCUAGACGCAAUCACAUCUCUUUCGACAAGCUCCUAAGAAAAAGAUCAUCUUCAGUCAAAAUGAAUGUCGAUCAUGAAGUUUCAUUGCUUGUGGAGGAAAUCAAACGUCUUGGGAGUCCAAACGCCGAGGGGAAGACAAGCGUGAAGUUCGGGGUCUUGUUCGAAGACACCCGGUGCGCCAACAUCUUUGAGGCACUGGUUGGCACCUUGCGGGCAGCCAAAAAGAGGAAGAUCAUUACGUUUCAGGGGGAGCUGCUACUGCAAGGGGUCCACGAUAACGUUGAAGUUGUCCUGCUCGCUGAGUGACACCUCUCACUCAGCGAGGUGUGGGGGGGAGGGGUCAGCAUUGAGCAUAUCUGGGUCAUGUGAAUCAUUCCAAAUACUUAUUUUUAGCAAUAACAUGAGCUCGGAUCAAUCACCUAAUUUCAUCGAGGUGGCCCUCGUCAAUCACUGACUGUGAUUGGUUGACAGUAUUUCUAUGGACUGUGUCUCUGUCAGGGCCCAGCCGUUAGGCAUGGUGACCAUUUAAUUAUUUGACAUUGAAUUACAGCUACAUACAGCUUAUUUGACCCUCUUAUCUUUGUUUUUGUUGCUUGUUCUCUCCUGGGCAAGCGUAACCAUUUGCCAAAAAAAUGAAAUACCAUUUGGGAGCCUUAAAGAUACUCUGAUGUGAUGUGACCAGAUCUGCUCUUAAUCUUUUAGACCCAGAUUUCAAAUAAACAAGCAUGGCCGUUGUAUAAGUUGCUAAGUGAACAAACUGCUUAAGCUGGCAAGACACCAUGCUACGUCUACAUCACUAAUGAGCUUUGGGGUUUGAAAACGGUCACAAAUUCCAUUUAACUUCCAUCACAUUUUUUUAAAAAUAAAAUGAAAAGUUCACCCUCGCGUGCGCAAACAGUCCAGCAAUCAUGGAUCAUAAAAACGAUCUACUGCGCAUAUUUUAUGGACCUUUAAGACUAUAAACGCACAGAUCAGGAAUGCAAAAUGUAUAUCAAGAUAUGCCUUUUUAUGUAUACUAUGUAUGUCACUGUGGUGAAAAUGUACUAGGAAAUGUGGCCGUCAAUCUCAACAAAAAAGUCUCACUCACAAGCACAGUGGGCUGAUUCUAGAGAUGGAUUGUGGAUUGCACAGAGCCACUGGGUUUCAUUUUAGACCACAAAGGGCUACAUAUGUUCUUGAAACCAAGCCUUACAGGUUCUCCUACAGUGAAUAUGCUGGGGUCCACCAUGGGUCACCAAAUGACCCUUUUUAUUGUUUACAUUGGGUGAUUUUUACUACCUCUGGUGUACUUUGUAAUAGGAUGACGUUAGACCAAUAUUCCUUUUUCAAUCUCAAGGAACGGGGAACAAAAAUACCUAAUGCCAGACUUAUUUAAUUUGAUGUUUGUAUUCAUACCACUGUCUGAGGGUACCUAUCGGGAAUGUUCCUAAAGUUGAACAACGAAGUGAUUUCCAUUGUAUGACCUUUGCAAAUGUCUUAUCAUUUCAAUUGUUGCCAAAUGGAGCUUUUGCAAUGUUGUUUCUCAGGACCAAAUAUAAAAAUGUUUCAAAGACUUGUGAUAGAUGAAUAUCGUCUACACGAUGUCCGUGUUUAGGAAAUAUCAAAUUUACAUAUUGCUUAGAUGUAAUAGAUUUUUUGUUAUAUUUACUUUAUUUUACAUUACUUCUCAAACUCCCUUUUUCUCUUAUAUCACAUUGCUUAUUCUUGAUGCUGAGUGUUUAUGUCCUUUAAGUAAAUGGUAUGCUAUAUGGUCUUUGAUCAGGAUAAGGGGAACUCUGAUGUCAUAUGACCCAUGUCUUUUGACUUGGUGGUUGUUGCACACUUUACAUUCAAAAACGUUAUCAUUGAAAUUAAACACAUCCAAUUGGAUUGUAAUAAAAAUCGUCUAGAAAAAAAU